GUUAGUUUGCUGGACCUUCAUCAGGCGGUAAGCCCAUUCCUAGAUUAAACGACAGCGCGUAAGUUCCUACAAAAAGAACUAAGAAGCUCUCCCUCUCUCCCUCUUUUAUCGAAGUUGAGCUGAGAAACUGUGCUUCCAUGGCCGCCAAUUUGUCUCCUCUUGAAAAAUUACCCAAUUCAAACAAGAAGGUAAAGAGGAAGAGAAAGAGGAAUAAUGAAGACCCAGAACUUGAACGAUUCGACUCGCUCUCGUGGAAUUCAUCUUUAUCAGAAGAUGAUCCCUUCUCUGGCUUUGUUGGUUCUCACGAGCUUGAAGGAGGUUUUCUUUCACUGGAAGAAAUUGAUGAGGUUGAUUAUGGUUUUGAAAUUCCUAAACCUGAGAAAGGGAAGACAGGGAAAAAAUUAAAAUCAAAGAAACAGAAGCAUAAUGAUGCCGAUGGCAGCGUUAAGGAGAAAGAAAAGGAGGAGAAGACUCUAGAAAACGAGAAAAAGAAAAAGAAGAGGAAAAAGAAGAAAAAGAAGGCAAAGGAAACCCAGAAAAAUGAGCAACCUGCAGCUGGUACUAUAUCUGUUCGAUGGCAAUUUGCCAAGAUUAGGUUCUUCAUUUUAAUGAGCAAUGGCGAGGAUGAUACUGAUGGAGAAUCAGUUGAUGAAGCUGAAUUCCAUGCAUGGAAUGAGCUGAGACUUCAUCCUCUGCUCAUGAAAUCAAUAUACAGACUUGGGUUCAAGGAACCAACACCGAUACAGAAAGCUUGUAUUCCUCCUGCAGCACAUCAAGGGAAGGAUGUUAUUGGUGCUGCAGAGACUGGUUCUGGUAAGACACUUGCUUUUGGUUUGCCCAUUUUGCAACGUCUUCUAGAGGAAAGAGAUAAGGCUGCAAACUAUUUGGAUGAAAUGGGUGAGGAAGCUGAGAAGUAUGGUCCAACAGGCCUUUUGCGGGCACUCAUCAUCACUCCAACAAGGGAGCUUGCACUUCAGGUCACUGAUCACCUUAAGGAAGCAGCUAUGGGUAUUAACAUUAAGGUGGUUCCUAUUGUUGGUGGGAUGUCAACAGAGAAGCAAGAAAGACUUUUGAAAGCGAGGCCUGAGAUUAUUGUUGGAACUCCUGGUCGUUUGUGGGAACUUAUGUCAGGAGGAGAAAGUCAUCUUGUUGAGUUGCAUUCUUUGUCUUUCUUUGUUCUGGAUGAGGCUGAUCGAAUGAUUGAAAAUGGACAUUUUCGUGAGUUACAGUCAAUAAUUGACAUGUUACCUAUGGCCAGUGGAUCUGUUGAAGGGCUAUCUCAAAAUACACAAAAUUGUGUGACUCUCUCAAACUUGCAAAGAAAGAAAAGACAAACCUUUGUUUUUUCUGCAACUAUAGCAUUAUCUACUGAUUUUCGAAAGAAGCUGAAGCGUGGUUCACUAAAACCAAAGCAAUUGACAGCUGAUGGACUGAAUUCUAUAGAAAAUCUCUCUGAACGUGCAGGAAUGAGACCGAAUGCUGCCAUCAUUGAUUUGACAAAUGCAUCAAUCCUAGCGCAUAAGCUUGAGGAAUCUUUUAUUGAAUGCAGGGAAGAUGAUAAAGACGCUUACCUCUACUACAUAUUGAGUGUUCAUGGACAAGGUCGCACAAUUGUAUUCUGUACAUCAAUUGCAGCUUUGCGCCAUAUUUCUGCCAUCUUGCGCAUUCUUGGCAUAGAUGUUUGGACACUUCAUGCUCAGAUGCAGCAGCGAGCUCGUUUGAAGGCAAUUGACCGUUUUCGUUCAAAUGAACAUGGUAUACUUGUUGCCACUGAUGUUGCUGCUAGAGGACUUGAUAUUCCUGGUGUUCGAACUGUUGUUCACUAUCAGCUCCCUCAUUCAGCAGAAGUUUAUGUCCAUAGAAGUGGAAGAACUGCUAGAGCUUUUACUGAUGGAUGCAGCAUUGCUUUAAUCUCAUCAAGUGAUACUUCAAAAUUUGCUUCUUUAUGCAAAUCAUUUUCAAAGGAAAGCUUUCAAAGAUUUCCUUUUGAGGAAUCAUACAUGCCUGAGGUGAUGAAACGAUUGUCUCUCGCACGUCAAAUAGACAAAAUAAUGCGAAAAGACUCACAGGAAAAGGCAACGAAAAGCUGGUUUGAACGGAAUGCGGAAUCAAUUGAGUUAAUGAUGGAGAAAGAUGACAGUGAGGAUGAAAGAGUAAACAAUCAUAAGCAAAAGAAAAUCACCUCCAUGCAAUUGAACAAAUUCCAGCAGGAGUUAAAUUCUCUGCUUUCACGUCCACUACAACCAAAGUCAUUUUCACAUCGCUACUUGGCAGGGGCUGGUAUUUCACCUCUCUUGCAACAUCAGUUAGAAGAAUUAGCCAGACAAAAGCUGGGCAAUAGUGUAAAUUCCAGAGAUAACAAACGAAGAAAAUUGGUGGUUAUUGGUCAGGAUUGUGUGGAGCCACUCGAGGCACUUCGAAGUGCUGGUCAUGAGGUGCGUAUGGAUGUGAAAGAGAUGGCAGAAAAACGAAAAAGCAUGGAAAACUUCAAGAGGAAAAGGAAAGAGGAAAAGAAAAUUUUCUCAAUAUCUCUGUUUCAGGAUUAAGAGAUCAACGCAGGAAGCAGAAGAAAAAGUUGACAGGAGACAAUGAGUAGAAUAGCAACUAUCCUUUCUUGUUUUCCUUUUCCAAUUCAAUUUUGAUACUUAACAAGAACUGCAUACAUCAACAAAAAAAUUUUGUUUCUUGGUGUAAAAUAUUCUGUUGGACAAAGUUUAAAAGCAAAUAUGUAAUCCGUUAUCAUGAACAUACAAAUGAGCUAAGACUUGCAAUUUUAUUAA